CGCGGAGGCGGGACUUCCAGGCUGGUGUUAGGUUGCGCGCCGGGGUAUAAUGGGACUCCAUUCGGCUGUAAUCAGUGUCAUGUCGCUUUCAUGUAAACUCCGGUGUUCAAACAUUGGAACAAAAUGGCGUCUGCUCUGCUAGGUAUCAGCCGAUUCUGCGCUCAAGUGUGAAGCAAGGAUCUGUUCUCACAGUUACAACUAGUGCAUUGGGAGUCUUUUGGAAACCUGUUGGUUGAACCUUCAGAAGAUUAUCCUGUUUAUCCACUGUCUUGUAAGGCUAAUUGGGCUCAGUGCAGUUUUGAUGGAUAUUUUUGACUAGCAGACAUGUUACAGGUGCUGAUGUUAAGGCAUGUUCUAGUCCUUACUUCAGUGAAUUGUUUAUUUUCUCAGGAAAGCCUUUUAGUUCCUGGCAUGGGAUUGAUUGAACACAGAUACAAGGAGUAAUUUCUAUGCCUAACAUUGGAAUUGAACAACAUAUGAAUGGUCAACCAUGGUAAAGCUUGCAAACCCGCUAUAUACUGAAUGGAUUCUAGAAGCUAUUCAGAAGGUGAAAAAGCAAAAGCAAAGGCCCUCAGAGGAGAGAAUUUGCCAUGCAGUAUCCUCUUCACAUGGAUUAGACAGGAAGAUUGUUCUAGAACAGUUGGAACUUAGUGUGAAAGAUGGCACUAUUCUUAAAGUUACAAAUAAAGGGCUUUCAUCCUACAAGGAUCCAGAGAAACCUGGACGGUUUACACCCAUUAAGCCUUGCAGUCUUUCAAAAUCCACACAAGGGUGUACAUCGAGAAACUGUAUUGACAUUAGUAAUGUGGACUGGAAUAAGAUACUCAAGAGAGCAGUUGAAGGAUUGGCAGAACCAAAUGGCUCCUCACUUAAGAACAUAGAGAAAUAUUUGAGAAGCCAAAGUGAUUUAGCUACAAUUACCAGCAGUUCCACAUUUCAACAGAGGCUUAGACUAGCUACCAAGCGUGCUGUGAAUAAUGGGAGAAUAUUAAAGGAUGGACCUCUCUACAGAGUGAAUUAUGGGAAUGCAGGAGGCAGGGGAGCAACAAAAUACAAUAGUUCUUCCCCUUCGUCUCUCCUACCAGUUACCCAUCUCCCUCAUGAAAAAGAAAAGCCCCGUGCAAAUCCCUUUCCAAUCUGCAGUUUCUGCUUGGGGACAAAGGAAUACAAUCGAGAAAAAAAACCAGAAGAUCUCAUCUCCUGCGCGGACUGUGGUAGCAGUGGGCAUCCAUCAUGUUUAAAAUUCUCUCCAGAGUUAACAGCACAUGUGAAGACCUUAAGAUGGCAAUGUAUUGAGUGCAAGACUUGCAGUGCUUGUCAAGAUCAAGGGAAAAAUGCUGACAACAUGCUUUUUUGUGAUUCCUGUGACCGAGGCUUUCACAUGGAAUGUUGUGACCCACCACUCUCCAGAAUGCCAAAAGGAAUGUGGAUCUGUCAAAUCUGCAGACCAAAGAAAAAGGGAAGAAAGUUACUGCAUGAGAAAGCUGCACAGAUCAAACGUCGUUACGCGAAACCAGUAGGACGCCCUAAAAAUAAACUAAAGCAAAGAACCAUAUCUGCAGACAAUGAUGAAGGAUCCAUGACAAUGGACACAGGAAGGGGGUCACCUGACAAUGAAGAAAUGAUGAAAAAUAUCAAAAAAGAUACUGCAGAUGGGGGUGCAGCCUGCCAUCAGGACAAUGUGACAGAGGAAGAUUUGGAAAUGUUCAGGCAAGCAAGGGAUCUAUCACUCCAGAAAACAGGAAUUAUUACUACUGUUGACCCACAUGGUCGGUACCCAUCUGUAAUUGAAUUUGGGAAAUAUGAAGUCCAUACUUGGUAUUCUUCACCAUAUCCACAGGAAUAUGCGAGGCUACCAAAGCUUUACCUAUGUGAAUUUUGCCUGAAGUACAUGAAGAGUCGGAACAUUUUGCAGAGGCAUACAAAGAAAUGUGGCUGGUACCACCCACCUGCUAAUGAAAUAUACCGAAAAAAUGACCUGUCUGUGUUUGAGGUUGAUGGAAAUAUCAGCAAGAUCUAUUGCCAAAACCUCUGCCUAUUAGCCAAGCUUUUUCUGGACCAUAAGACUCUUUACUAUGACGUUGAACCAUUUCUUUUCUAUGUGUUGACUAAAAAUGAUGAAAAAGGAUGUCAUCUUGUUGGGUACUUUUCCAAGGAAAAGCUUUGCCAACAGAAGUACAAUGUCUCCUGCAUAAUGAUUAUGCCCCAGUACCAAAGGCAAGGCUUUGGAAGGUUCCUGAUUGAUUUCAGCUAUUUACUUUCAAGGCAAGAAGGACAGGCAGGAUCACCUGAAAAGCCCCUGUCUGACCUGGGACGGCUUUCGUACCUGGCAUACUGGAAGAGUGUAAUAUUAGAAUACCUGCAACGGCAUCAGGACAAGCAUAUCAGUAUAAAGGGUAUUAGCAGGGAAACAGGGAUGUGUCCACAUGACAUUGCAAUGACUCUACAGCAGCUGAAGAUGAUUGACAAGCAACAUUGCAAAUUUGUUAUAAUUCGAAGGCAAAAACUGAUUCAGGAGCACAUAGGAAAGUUGCAUUCCAAUCCACGUGUUAAUGAAGUGGACCAAGAAAGUCUGCGGUGGACUCCACUGGUAGUGUCCAGUGCUGCUGUUUCAGAAGAGGAGAUGGAGGCUGAGAAAGAGGCUGAGCAACUGAUGGAGCAAGCUAGCUGUUGGGAAAAAGAACAAGAGCAAUAUGCUGAAAUGCAGGCUAGCAUGCAUUCAGUUACUAAUGCAGGAUGUAAAAAUAGAUUACUGCAAUCUGAGUGUCUACCAGCCAAUAGUGAAUCAAUAAUGGAGCAUACAAAUGAAAUCAGUGAAGAAGAGAAUGAGGAUGAGAAUGAUGAUUCCCAACCCAGCUUAUCACCAGGCACAGCAAAGUCACUGUUAAGAGGAGCUAAGAGGAAGAGGUCACUCAUACACAGAAAGAAGAGGGGCCGCAAGCGCCGGAGACAUAACAGCAGUGUUACCACUGAGACUAUUUCUGAAACAACUGAGGUACUGCAUGAAGCCUUUGAGAACUCUGAUAAUGAGAGUCAAAUGCCCUGCUUGGAACCUACUUGUGAAGAAGAGGAGAACGAUGAAUAUGAUGAUGAAGUAAACAAUUAUUUCAGGCAUCGCUGUGGCAGCUUGGACUUAAAAAAGAAGAAUCAAUCAGAUGAGGGAGACGAUCUCUGCAAAAGUGCAGAUGAAACUCCUGAGAAAGAACAGCACACAGAUAAAGCAAAUACUGAUACCUCUUCAAAAGAGAACACUGAGGAAAACUCUCUUGAUUCUGAGCCUAUAGCAAGAGUUGUGAAACGCAAAAAAGGUUGGCCCAAAGGAGUGAAGCGUGGUCCAGCUAAAUGGAGACGCAAAGCCGAGAAUAAAACUGGUUUUAAACUCAACCUAUACACGCCGCCAGAAACUCCCCUGGAGCCUGACCAACCAGUCACAACAGAGGAGAGGCAAGUAGUGAUUGAGCAGCAAGUUGUAGUUGAGAAGCACAAUGAUGUAGCCCCUAUAAUAACAGAGGAGGAUGAACUUGAAAAUGAGGAAAAGCCAGAAUCCCCAGAUAAAUCUAUCUGUAUAUCAAGUGAGGAGAAGGAGCCAGUAGAAGAAGCAACUGAAAAAGAGCAUGACCAUGUUAAUGGAGUUCCUGAGGAUGAAACUGGUAAUCAUGAACAUGAGGAGGAAGAUGAAGAAGAGGAAGCAAAUCAAAAUGAGGAUCAUGAUGCAGAUGAUGAAGAUGACAGUCACAUGGAGUGUAUUGAGGUGGAAAAGGAAAAUCCAGAGGAAGUAUUCAAGGAGGAAUCCCUAAGCCAAGAGCCAUUCUUAGAGUUAAAUGUUCCAAGCAAUAAUACAGAGCAGAAAGAUGAGAUGGAUCACAUUGAUGACCCUGUGCCAGAUUCUGAUGAAGACCAAAACAAUGAUCAUGAAAGGAAUUCAGAACAUAUACCAGAUUCAGAUGAAGAUCACACCAAUAAUCAGGAUCAUAAGGACAAUGGCAAGCAGACCCCAGAAUUUAGAGAGGAAAAUGUAAAUGCAGAACCUGACACAGAGACAGUGCAAGCUGUUCAAUCAUUAACACAAGAAAAUAGUGAACAAGAAAAUAAUGAGCAAGUAAAUACAUACCAGGACUGUGCAGAAACCAUGGAGGCCUGUAGGAACCUGCAGAGUUACACUCAUACAGAACAGAGCCCACAAAUGAAUGACUGCCAUCAGUCAGACCAUAGCAGUCCUCUUUCAUCUGUUCAUUCUCAUCCGAGCCAGUCAGUUCGUUCUGUAAACAGUCCUAGUGUACCUCCCAUUGAGAACAAUUAUACUCAGAUCAGCCCUGAUCAGAGUGGUAUUUCUGCUCCAUCGUUACAGAAUGUAGAGACCAGUCCAAUGAUGGAUGUUCCUUCAGUUUCUGACCAUUCACAACAGGUUGUGGACAGUGGCUUCAGUGACCUAGGCAGCAUUGAAAGCACAACUGAAAACUAUGAGAACCCAAGCAGCUAUGAUUCAACUAUGGGAAGCAGCAUUUGUGGCAACAACUCAACACAGAAUAGUUGCUCUUACAGUAACAUAUCUUCCAGUAGCCUUACUCAGAGUAGUUGUGCAGUGACUCAGCAGAUGACUAACAUUAAUGGUAGUUGUAGUAUGAUGCAGCAAAAUAGUAUCAACUCUCCACCAAACUGCAGUGUUAAAUCUCCCCAAAAUUGUAUAAUUGAAAGACCUCCCAGCAACAAUCAACAGCAGCAAUUGUCACAAUGCAGCAUGACCACCAGUUUCGCACCAGCAAUACAAAUGACAGACAUUCCAGAAACUGGGAACUCAACCAUCAGUAUCUAUGAAAGGAUGGGCCAGGGUGACUUUGGAACAGGGGGUUAUCCCCAACCAUCUGCCAAUUUCAGCCUAGCCAAACUACAACAGCUAACUAAUACAAUCAUGGAUCAUCCAUUGCCUUAUAAUCAUUCUGCUGCUGUUACUUCCUAUGCAACUAGUGUCUCCCUGUCCACUACACACACAGGCCUUGUCCAACUUCCACAGUCGCCUCAUUCCUUAUCUGGGGGAGUACAAGCACAACCUACAAUGACACCCCCACCUAAUCUUACCCCUCCACCAAUGAAUCUGGCUUCACCACUACUACAGCGCAAUAUGGCAGCCCCAAAUAUUGGAAUCCCUCAUACCCAAAGAUUACCAACGCAAAUGGCAGCCAAAGGCCAUGUUGCCAUACGUUCCAAGUCUGUGUCUAUACCACCUGUUGCUGCUCACCAGCAACAGAUCUAUAGCCGUGCCUCACCAUCUGUGGCCAUGCAGCCUUCACCUCGACCUCUGACCAUGCAGCGGGGCAUGAACAUGGGCCUAAUGCCAGCACCAACUUAUAAUGUCAAUUCUAUGAACAUGAAUAUGAAUACAUUAAAUGCUAUGAAUGGGUACAGGAUGACGCAAUCCAUGAUGAACAGUGGUUACCAUGGAAAUCCUGCUUACAUGAAUCAAACUGCCCAGUACCCCAUGCAAAUGCAAAUGAGCAUGAUGGGAAGUCAGCCAUACACCCAGCAACCAAUGCAAAGUAGUCCACAUGGUAACAUGAUGUACACACCACCAGCCCACUACAGUCACAUGAACACUGGCAUGUCCAAACAGUCUUUGAAUGGCUCCUAUAUGAGAAGGUAGAUUUCGCCGAGCAUAUAAGGUACUAAAGGAAAACCUGCAUACCUGGAAACAAAUCCACAUAUAAAAAACAGGUGUAUGGUGAUCUACUUUGAAGAUCAGCUGUUUGGCUGAGCUGUCAUGAUAAAAUUAUAUUGAAGAAGUGGCACUUUGCAUUCAAUCUGUUGACAGAAGGAAGCCUUAUUUAUUUUGUUUUAAGUCAAGUUGGGUGAGGAUUGUUUUCAUCUUUGUACAUUCGUAUUUUUCCUUUCUGAGUUUGGCUUGAACAGAGCACAUCUUCGAAAGAAGUAUGGAAACUGAGAUAGUACAGCCAUGCAAUAGAAACUUUAAAUGUGCCUAUUUGCCCUUGGAAAGGAUUUUGCAAGUUAGAAAAUAGUGAAGAUAAAAGCCCAAAUAGCAGACAGCUAAACUACACCAGGGGCUGGAGCUGGGGAUUCUUUUGUUCCUUGGACUUCUGUUGUUAUACAAUACAUGUACAUUUGAUUUUGCAACGCUGAUGCCUAAUUCAGCAUGCAGCAGAACAUCAUUGGAGAAUUUGUUUGUGACAGUGUGCCCUUUAGUAAAACAAAUAUGUGUUGUGUUUAACAGCAAGCCAUUUGUUAUGUUUUGCCUUUAUUAGGUUUUACUAGCUUUGAAGUAAAAUGAAAACUAUAUUUUUGUUAAUUCUGAGACUGUAAAAAAAAUGUAAAAGCGAGACCUUGUGUUCAUUUGGCAGUUUUGAAAGGGUUACUUGCAAAAAUGUUUAGUGUAUAAUUGACACAUUUCUUUUUGUAACUAAUUUCUUUCCUUCGGUGAGGCAGCUUUCUGUUUUAUAAAUGCAAAAUAUUCUGUUGGACAAAUGAAGACAUUCUGUUAACAGCGUAUCUGAAUAUUUGUACCUGUCAGUUUCAUAUAAAGCGUAGCUUUUUUUUUUCAAAUAAUAUCAGCCAGCAACAAAAGUGCUGUCUAAGAGUAACUGUUCAGUUUUGUUGGCCCAAUGAUAAACACCUUUAAUUAUUCAUUGGCAUUCCAUCAGUAGAUUUUUCUAUCUUUAGAGAAUAUUGAAGUUAUAUUUUAAAAAAAUUUAGAACUGUAGUGUGUGAAUAGACCAACAUAAGCUUAAAAAAACGCAUGUAAAAAGUAUUUGUGUCUGUUUAUAUUGCUUACUUUUUGUAGCCUUUGUACUUGUACAUGGUGACUGUAAGGACUGAGAGGAAAAAGCUGGAUACAUGUAUAAAAUAGGACACAAACAAGUGAGAGAUACACUUGUAUUUAUCAGUUAUCCUUCUAGUCGGUCACUUCAAAGGACGCUGUACAUUUUAACAUGGAAUAAAUUAUGUUGAGCCA